CCAGCGGUGAUCCGGCGGGGAGGCCGGGGUGCCGGGCGGGGUAAGGGGCAGCUGGCAGCGGCAGCAGGGGCUGCACAUCUGGAUGGAAGCGAGCUUUGUCCUGACCACCAUGGCUCUGGGGCUGUCCUCCAAGAAGGCGUCUUCCCGCAACGUGGCCGUGGAGCGUAGGAACCUGAUUACCGUGUGCAGGUUCUCUGUGAAAACGCUGCUGGAGAAGUACACAGCAGAGCCCAUCGAUGACUCGUCCGAGGAGUUUGUGAAUUUUGCAGCCAUCUUAGAGCAGAUCCUCAGCCACCGCUUCAAAGCCUGUGCCCCAGCAGGUCCAGUGAGCUGGUUCAGCUCAGAUGGGCAGCGGGGCUUCUGGGACUAUAUCCGGCUGGCCUGCAACAAAGUGCCCAACAACUGUGUGAGCAGCAUCGAGAACAUGGAGAACAUCAGCACAGCCCGAGCCAAGGGCCGGGCGUGGAUCCGAGUAGCACUGAUGGAGAAGCGCAUGUCGGAAUACAUCACCACAGCCCUGCGGGACACCCGGACCACCAGGCGUUUCUAUGACUCAGGAGCCAUCAUGCUGAGAGAGGAAGCCACGGUCCUCACGGGGAUGCUGAUAGGGCUGAGCGCCAUAGACUUCAGCUUCUGCCUGAAGGGUGAAGUGCUGGAUGGGAAGACCCCCGUGGUCAUCGACUACACGCCCUACCUGAAGUUCACCCAGAGCUACGACUACCUGACCGACGAGGAGGAGCGGCACAGCGCCGAGAGCAGCACCAGCGAGGACAACUCUCCCGAGCACCCGUACCUGCCGCUCGUCACCGACGAGGACAGCUGGUACAGCAAGUGGCACAAGAUGGAGCAGAAGUUUCGCAUCGUCUACGCGCAGAAGGGCUACCUGGAGGAGCUGGUGCGUCUGCGCGAGUCGCAGCUGAAGGACCUGGAGGCGGAGAACCGGCGGCUACAGCUGCAGCUGGAGGAGGCGGCGGCGCAGAACCAACGUCUGAUCCCUGGCGACCACGCUCCCCUAGCCCAGGGUUCCAAGGAGCUCACCACGCCCCUGGUCAACCAAUGGCCAUCACUGGGAACGCUCAAUGGGGCUGAGGGUGUCAGCAACCCCAAGCUGUACCGGAGACACAGCUUCAUGAGCACGGAGCGGCUGUCAGCUGAAGCCAGUCUGAGCUCGGACUCCCAGCGCCUGGGAGAGGGCAAACAGGAUGAGGAGCCCUGGGGCCCCAUCGGGAAGGACCCCACGCCCUCCAUGCUGGGCCUCUGCGGCUCCCUGGCCUCCAUCCCCAGCUGCAAGUCCCUGGCGAGCUUCAAAUCCAACGAGUGCCUGGUGAGCGACAGUCCUGAGGGCAGCCCAGCACUGAGCCCCAGCUGAACAGUGUGGGUUGUGCCAGCCCCACCUGCCAGGGCAUAGCCACCUGCCGCCUUUCCUCAGAGCCCCCCCCAUCCAGGCCGCCUGCCAGAGACUGCUGCCCACCCAGCCAGGUGUCUCUUGGCAACAAAACCUUUUGCUUCUGGUUUUAGCUUCCUGCCCAAGGAAGCAGGGUGACCAAGGGAAGCCUGUUGGGUAGGAAGGUGGGGUCGCCAAGGCCACGAAGUCCUUGGGGAAGCUUGCUCCAUGCUUCUGGUGACCGUGAUGCCUGGCUGCUCCCUCCUGGGACUCUCCCCAUCUUCCCCACCCUCCUCAGGAGCUGGUGGCCCAGCCUCAGCCCCUUCAUCUCCCCCCCCUCUCCUGUCCUGUAUUCAUUCCCUGGAGUCACUUCUUCCUCAGCCCCCAGUGCAGGGGCUCUGAGGGGAUCAGGCAAAUAAAAACCAGAGGACUGAGGGAAGCCUUGUUUGUGGGGGCUGGGACAGGACCCUGUCCUGAGGUUGGCAGAGCCAGUGCUGGGCCCACAACCGACAUGAUGCUGCACCACAGAAUCAGAGUGCGCCCUGGGGAGCAGGCGGGCCAGGAUGGUUCCGGAGUGGGUGACUUCUGUAUGAAGCGUCCUGAGUACUAGUCCACCCAGAGCAGGACCAAGACACAUAAAUACCCCUUCAACCUGACACUCUAAGAACUUGCUCAACUCCAGGCAGAAGAGACUGAACAUCGUGGGGGUGGGCAGGACGGAGGAGGCAAGGCCUGGGAGGGCCGUUCUCCAUCAUCCUGCACAAUUGAGCUUUGGCCCAAAGUUGCAGACCCUCCCGUUAGGCCAAAGCCUGGCAGUGAAGAACCCUCCCUCCUGUCAUACUCAAGUGUGCCCUUGGGGAGAUGCCUCACCAUCCUCUACCCUGGCCCUAACACUAUCAAUGUUACUG